CGGCGGCGGCGGCGACUUUCGGGGUCGCGCGCGGCGUCCGACCGUCAAACGCGCAGCAAACUUUAUAUUGUACGCUAUCACCGUCGCGGCGCCGUCGUCGUCGUACAUAAUAUUAUAAUAUUAUUCGUCCGCCGGUACACCCUGUUCCGUGGUAGUAUACGCGCGCGCGUUUAUAAAUACACACACACACACACACACACGAGCGCGCGGAAGUUUGUAAACACGAAAUUAUAUUAUUAUUAUAUUUAUUAUAUAUUAUUAUUAUUAUUAUUAUCAUAUUUUAAGUGUACUGCAAAAACAGUCGCGUACACACACACACACACGAAUAUUCAUAUUUAUAUUACACACACGCAGUGUGCGCACACAUCACACCACGAGCAAGUGCAUUUAAUUAUAUCCGAUAUUGUUCCGCCGGAAGUAUGAAUGGCGCUAAAUGCGCCGCGUGCCUAGCCGCCGUUCUGUUCGUACUUUUCGCGUUCGUCGUCAAAGGUGCAAAAUCGAUAAUAUGCUACAAGUGCAAUUCUAAAUAUGAUCCGAGGUGCGGAGAUCCAUUCAAUCCGUACACCAUUGGUUUAGUUGAUUGCAACAUAACAGACGUGCCUAGUCAUUUGAAAGGAAAAGAACCAGUGAUAUGUCGGAAGACUGUCCAAAACAUUCACAAGAGUAUACGGAUAGUGCGGGAUUGCGGGUACGUGGAGGAUCCUGCUCACGAUGACCAGGAUUGCUAUGGUAGACUCGGGUCACAUGACAUCGACGUGACCCAUUGCUCCUGUACCUCGGACAUGUGCAACGGUUCCAAGGAUGUCGUCUCCAAUGGACCGUACUGGUACAGCGCGACCGCCACAGCGAUGGCAGCUACUGCCGCCGUCACCAUAAUGGGGUUCUUCCUUAAUAUACACCAUUUAUAGACGAUAUUUACGAGAUCGGACCCGAUCGAAGUUUAACGAGAGAUAAAAUUAACAAAAAAAGUCAUUUUAAAUAACAAACGCUUUAUAACAUAGCCCAAACAGACUAUAUAUAUAUAUUGAAGAUGUCACUCGACGACAAUAUGAGGACAUAAGUUCACAUUGUAUAUUUAUGAUAAUUUUUAUUAUUAUUAUAUUAUGCUCAGAGUGCGGGAAAACGUUACGAAAUCGCCAAACUAUAAUAUUCUAAGAGCUGCACGUUAAAGACGAUGGACACGGAAAACAGCGCAUAAACUUUUAUAACAUUAUAAUAUACCCGCACGCUGAUCUAGUCUGAUAUAUCCUAACCCAUAUAAUAUAAUAUAUAUUAUCUAUAAAUAUACAGUCUUCGAGCGGUAUCUUCAUAUUUUAUUAUUUUUAAGAAAAAAAAACGAUAAAUAUAUAUUUUAUUUUAUUUCUGUUGAGAUGCGUGUUUUUUAAUAGCUCAAUUAAGUAAAAAGUUUUUUCGCACCAUAAGUUAUAACAUGUAUAAGAACAAUAAAUUGUGAAUUUAUAUUAUCUCAGAAAACUCUCAUAAUACUAUUUUAAUUAGACUUAUCUUUGUUUUUAAGAUGAAUUCAAACCGUUUAUUAAACUGUUUAUUUUCGUGUUACACAAAAAGAUCCGUUAUGGUACAUAAAUUCACUUACGACACGCGAAUUAUAUUUUUAUAUUACAUUAUCGUAGUUAUAAUGUUAGAAAAUCGUUUUGGCUAAACCGUAUUUUUAAUUAGAGAAAAGCCGAAUUGGAAACCGACAAUGAACUGUACCUACACGAUAACAAUCUCAACAUGUGCAUGUAUGCAAAGCCCGACAUUUGAUUUUUACAUAAUGUUACUCGUGUUAAGCAUUUUAUCUUUGAAUAAACUAUUAUAAUAAUAUAUAAUAUAUGUAUUAUUUAAUAUUA